CUCGAAUUACAAAUUUUGAUUUAUUCUGCGCACUUAAUUAUAAUUGGCUCCGACAGGCUUCGUAACCAUGAGAACGCGCAAGCGUUCUUACAACGAUUAUGUCGCUGACAUAUAUACUUGGUGGUGUUUUUGAAAUUUUAAAAGUUUCAAGUUUAUAUAUUUGAUCCUCCGACAUCAAAGAUAGAACUUCUUCUAUACAAUAAUUUACAAUCAAAGGAAGUCUGUGUUGCACUCAAAUGUAUAUUUCAAUUUCUAUAAUUUAUUUACAUUAUUUUCUGUUCUCGCUAUUUGUAUAUUAUCGAUCACCAUGUAAGCAGAAUAACAAUAUAGCAACAUCUAGUGCGAGCCAGCUGAUAUCAGUGGAGUGACGUGAGCAGAGCAAAUGUGCGCAGAAGAGGACCGACCUUAGUUGAAAUACAGAUAGUUACACAAAAUAUUAUUGUACAACUUUCCAAACAUUUUCGCACGUUCCUUGCUUUAAAGAGAAUAAGAUAACACAAAAUCUGCAUAAGCAUUUUCUUGUUAUCAGAGGAAUGUUUUCAUAAGAACAAAAUUUAUAUACGUUUCAUAUAUUUGUGUUAAAUAUUUUUUAAUACAUUUUAGCUAAAAUUUAUAGAUGAAAUAUAUAAAUUUGAUACAUCUUCGAACCGGCAAUGUAACCUAUUUGCAAUUAUUUGUCCGUCAUUUCAAAUUGUACAAGAUAUAAGAAUUAUCCUUUAGGGAUAAAAAGAAUUUAUAUUUUGAUGGCUUUUUCACAAUCCAACUCAAGAGAAGUACAAAACAGAAAAAUCUUGGAAGAAUUACAGUUGAAGAAACAGAUGCUUUUAAAGCAAGGUGUAGUUCCAACAUUAAAUACGUCCUUAGCCGUUACAUCAACAGGUUCUUCUAAUUUGCCUCCUACACAAACUUCUGAUGGUGUUGCAAUGAGUGCAUCGCAAAGAGCUGCUUUACAUAAUGCACAUGCAGCUUCAUCAGGAUAUUUUGUGACACAAGAUUCUUCUUUUGGCAAUCUUAUUUUACCAGUUCUUCCUAGAUUUGAUACUAAAUGAGAGAUUAUAAAUGAUAAGUGAUUCUGUAUAAUAUAUAUGUAAAUAAGUAUAAUCAAAUAAUUUUGAAUAAGAAUUAGAUAUCUUUUUAAAGUAUAUCUUUAAUAAAACUACAGAACAAUA